AUGGCGCGGACACCGCUGGCGCUGAUGGUGGUCUUUGUGCCCAUUGGCUUCGCCAUUGUGGUGUGCGGCGUCGCUGCAGCAGCUGGCGCGGUCCCGCCGGCCUCGGCUGCCCGCCACACCACCGCCCGCCCGGUAAGGUGGGGCUCGCCGCGGCUCAUGGCCUCGCGAAUCGGCACAUCGGACAACUUUUGGGCAGCAGUGCUGGUCGGUGUUGUAGCCGUCCCGAUAUCUGCCGUUGUCAUCGGCUGCUCGAUCGGGCUCAGCUCGCGGGCGUCGAGCCUGCCGGCGGUCUCGCCUGCUAGCGCCGGCGACCGUCGACCGUGCGGGGCGCUCGAUGAUCCGGUUUGCGAGCCGUUCCUCUGCAACACCCGCGCCGGACUCUGUGGCAUUCACAAGCCAGCCCACUCGCAGGCGACACUGUGGGGCGUGGCGCUGGCAGUCGCGCUUGGCACCUUUCUUAUCGGCACGCCUUGCUGCUUCUCGGUCGCUUCGUUUUUGUUUCCGGUCCACCUACGCCCGGUCAUCUGCGUCAUGUCAUCGAUGGUGAGUGUGGUUCUGGCGUUCAUUUUUGCGCUCUCGGUCGGGCUGAACAUGGCCAGCCACCUUGUGACUGUGAACUUUGAUGGCAUUGCAGGCAACGGGACGUCUUGCGCUGGCCCGCACGCCUGCUAUCCGUACACCAACAAGUGCUGCUCGCCUUACUCGUAUCGAUCGCGGUGGCGGCGGCGAUGGCGGCCGAUCUGGCUCUGUAACUCGUGGCUCGCGUCUGCGACAUGUGGUGCCAUUGUCGGCUUUGCUGUCGUCGGCAUCGCCAUGCUCGUUCUCCGAGUGCCGGUGCCUGCGCUCGAGCCGCCACUGACGGCUGCGGAGCGCGCGAGUUCGCCUGCCUGUGCCGCCGUUGACGCGCCGGUCUGUGCACCGUACUGGUGCGACAUGCCGAGUGGGCGGUGCCGGCGCUCGUGCCGGCACGACUUUGAGUGCGCCGGGGCGGGGCUGGCGUGCGAUGCCGCGUCCGGCAAGUGUGUUGCUACAACCCAUCACGCCAGCCGGCUCGUGCUCCGGCGAUGGCUGGCGGCGGUGGUGGUGCUUGGGGUGGUGACGGCGGUCAUGGUGGUGUGUGCGUGCUUGCCGGGGGUGCUUGUGCCCUGGGCAUCUUCCAACGACGUGGUGCAGUUGUUUGCGGUCGUCGCUCUGGUGGCUGUUGGCGCCGGCCUCAUUGUGGCACUUCCACUCUCGCUCGUACGUCUUCGGGUGCGGCUGACACGGCCACCGGAAACAACGCUGCCGGUUGCACUCACAAGCUGUGUCGGCCUCUCCUCGCCGAACUGCUGGCCAUACUACUGCCGCGUUCACAACAGGACGUGUGCGAUUUCAUGCUCAUCGUCGCAUGAGUGCCGCGGCGCCAUGGACAAGCGGCUCACUUCACAGCUCCCAUCCGGCAUGCACGUUGCGCCGUACUGCCUUGUCCUCGCCUUUGUGACGAUCCCGCUGGUAAUGGACGUGAGAGUCGACAAGUCAUUUGUGGAACUUCCGUCGUCGCUCUCGGUCGACGGCAAGAGUUGUGGGCCGAUGCCGUUUGACGCCGGCUGCGGUAGCUAUGUGUGUGAUACCCGGACGCGCAAGUGUGCGACAAGUUGCUUUGGCGAGCGCACCGGCUGCGGGUUUGGCAGUAGGUGCAAGCGUGGUGUGUGUGUGGCGGGCGAUGAUGCCACGCCGCGCAUUGUUGCGAGCUGUACUGCUGGGCUUUUCGCGCUCGUGGCGCUGAUGGCGUUUGGCUGGCCCGGCGUGUGGCGGCUGCUCGUCCGGCGUCUGCGUGCUGGUGAGCACGCACGUGCGGCGGCGCUACUGGCGGCUGAGGAGAAACAGCGGUUGAUUCCCAAGGUCCGAGUCGACGUCGUACCGGUGCGCGGAUACGGUGCGCUGGAUGUCGACCCAUCACGACCGCGGCUCGCUCGAGAGCUACCUCCGCCGCUGUUGGUGGGCGCAGGCGUGGGCUCGAUCCAGCUGGCCGGCUCUGUGAGCUCGGACGACUCGGGCGAGUCAGGUGCGUCUGGUUGUGGGGUGCGGACGCUGCCCGAGUGCGGCAUUUGCUUUGGUGACAACGUCAGCGUAGCGUUUACCGUUGGCUUUUGUGAGCACGGAUACUGCGCCGGCUGCGCGCAGAGUGCGGUACGCGACAUGAUCGAGCGUGGGCAGUUUCCAGCAAUGUGCCCGGGUUGCCGAGCCCAAGACUCGAUGUCCCCGCGGGCGCGCGUGCCGGCCCACGUCAUCGAGCAUCUUGUGGCUCGGGGAGUGGUUGAUGCCGAGACCGGCUCGCGGUGGGUGGUCCAGUCGCUGCUCGGCGCGGUUCCCAAGGGUGAGACUACGUUCUGUCCCGGAUGCGAGCUGAUGUGCAUCAAGCCGGAUCUCUCCGGCAAGUCGCAGCGCCAGCUUCAGCGGUCGAGCAGAGUAGUGUGUCCGGGGUGUGCCACCGAUUGGUGUUGCAACUGCUCGGUGCCAUGGUUCCGGCAUGCCGGGCGCUCGUGCGACUCGAUUGCUGCCGACGAGGCGACCGGCCGAGACGCAGCGACGCUCGCGCUGCUGGGCGCGACGUCAAAGCCUUGCCCGCGGUGCGGCGCGCUCAUCUCGCGGCCGCGCGGGCACUCGUGCCACCAUGUUGGCGGCUCGGCCGGCGCAUGCUGCGGCUACUCGUUUUGCAUCGUGUGUCUACAGCCGCACCCGUGCGGCCGCGAAGACCACGGCCUGUUCUGUGAUGAGCGGUGCGACUGCGUGGCGUGCCCGGUGUGUCGGCCCGGGGCGCCGUGCGCGCUCUGUCCCGGUGACGACCGUUGUCCGUCGUGCCACCCGCCGGCUGGGUCGUCUGUUCCGCCGCCGGUUCACGUUCCGGACCCAAUCAACGGCGUCGAGGACAUUCUCGCUAUCCAGGCCGACCUUCAGGCGUUGAUGGACGCGAUGGACGCGCCCCGGGAGCCUUUCAUCGCUCGUCAGCGAUGGCGCCGUGACUCGUCAUCAUCCGACUCGGAGGGCUUUGUGGCCAUUGCACCCGAGCAGGCUGCCGCCGAGAUCGUGGGCCACGACGUGGACUUGGUAAUGGAAGUCACCGGCGUCGAUGCCGCCCAGGCCGCUGACCUCCUUGCCGCCUCACGCUUCAACGUCCAGCUCGCCAUUGCCGCCUUCUUUGACGCUCAAUAA